CGUAUUUUGGCUACACGCACUCGGUUCGUAGCUAGCUGGCCAGUUGUUGCACUUUGGCACAGAUUCUCUGGUCGCCAGUUCCAGACACUUUCUGGGUGGUUGUAUUAAGGUGUGGGGCCGUUUUUCAUGUACUCGCCCCAGAUUUUGUGAACCAUUUCUUGUGUUUGCCAAGAAUUGUGUGACUUAUUUGCAAAAGUGGGCCAUUCAUACGAAAACUUUGAAUCACUCUCUUUAGACUCACUUUUCCCCUGUAUGUGGGGAGUUCUGUGAUUUUCCCUUUAUGUGCUUGUGUGCCAAAUGUGAGAUCAAAGUGCACAAGAUAAAUGCAAUAUAGUGUAGGUCUUCCAUUGAAAGUAGUUUUUGUGAAAAUUUGUUGCGAAAAGGCAGAGAAAAGUGAUAAAAGAAAUAACCCGUUGUGGGAGUGAAGGAAAAGUGACGGAAAAAGGACCAAUCGGAUUCAAUUUUCUUCAAACAUUCGAUUAAGGUGCAUAAGGUAAAUAAACUGGCGUCCAUCGUCUUCACAUCUUAAGAAGGAAAAAUGAUUUGAAAUCAAUACACCGCAGUUACCAAUAAGAGAAAUUCGAUGCAAAUAAAUGGGAAUUCUUGUUCAACGAUGGCCGCUUCAGAACCACCCGAACCGCCCCCUCGUAAUCCCGACAAAAUUAAUGCAUCCCUCAAGCAAAUCUCCAGCGAAGCAAAGGCGCCAAAGUCCGUGGAUGUAACGAACAAUACGAGUCUGAAGCCAUCUCUGAAGACGAACAAUGCAACAUCCGUGUCUAGUCCAUCUCCACCAGAUGCUACGCCGAAAGGCAUCGAGGACCAGGAUGUGAGAAGUUCUGAGAAUGGUGAUGAUGCGGCGGCUGAAGAAGCCAACAACAGCUAUGGCGAGACUGAUACACUCAAUGGGAGGGAUGACAAUACGAUGGAUUCAUUUAAGACAACUAUAGAUAAGCCUGAUUUGGAUAGUUUUGAUGACUUGGAUUCACCUCAAUCCUCAAAGCUUAAGGUAGAGAAUCAACGGCUUUCUGCUGAGAUUAGUCGGCUGAAGAAGUUGCUGGAGAUCUCACCAGAUGGUGCAAUUGGUGGAAUUGAUUUAUCAGACAAUAAUAGUUUCGACGCCCACUCCACAGACGGUGGAUCCAGUGGGCGCAUGGAGCGUCUCGAGGUGGAAUUGCGGAUGGCAAAGGAGCAAAUUGCACAUUUGCGAGCAGAGAGAAAAAAAUUGCGAACGGAUAAAACAGACUUGCUGAGGCAUGUGAAGCAGCUGUGUUCAUCGCUACAUGAUAAGGAACAAGAGCUGAGAGACUUUAUUCGAAACUAUGAACAAAGGCUUCGAGAUAAUGAAUCCACAGCAUUGAAGAUGACGAGUGAACGUGAACGCGAACGAUGGUCUCUUAUGAAGCAUGCACGUGAUGAAGCUGAGAGAUCCCUUGUGCUGGCGGCACAACUCAAUGCUCGUGAUCUACAGCUGCAGCGAACACAGGAACAGCUACAGGAAGCUAGACGACAACUUUCCGGUUGUAUGUCGGAUCAAGAAAGCUUAAUAUCAAUGCCACCCCCACUGACACCACCUGCUAGUGGGAUUCUACCUCAUCUUGGUGGGGCAUUUCCAGGAAGCACAAUGGGUGGAGAAUCAACAUUAAGAGCAGGGAACAGCGAUAAGGAUAGUGCUGCAGGCGAUCUAAACUUGAGCGAUGGUCCAUGCGAGAAUGGGAUAUGCCUCACAAUGGAUCCAGAUAACAUAUCACUCGUUUCUAGUCAACACAAUAUGUAUCAAUACGGUACCCCUGUAAAGGAACGUAGCCCUACACUUUCACCCCUAAAUUCGAGUACAUUCUCACGUUCGGUAGACAACGCAGACACUAGCUUGGGUAGCAGGUCAGUGGAACAGCUAGGAGCGUCUCUCGAUGGGGAUGGAAGCUCUUUCCUCGGCCGGCGGUUAACUGGAAAGGGAACAGGGACAUUGGGUCGUUCUGGCCGAGGAAGCACUUGGGGGAGCAUUUCGAAGGUCUUUGCACGAUCCCGCCAACGAGCACGCAAUGCAUCCCAGGAAUCUGAAAGUACCACAGUAUCCGAAUGUGGUUGGAGCCCCCUUACUGAGGAGGGUUAUGCUGAAAAAUUGCGUCUACUGCGGGAAGCUUCAGCAGCUCCAAUGGAGCGUUGGAGAGCAUCUCAGGUGUUGGCAUGGCUAGAAGUUGCCCUGGGAAUGCCACAGUACAGCGUUAGAUGUUCAGAGAAUGUGAAAAGUGGCAAAGUACUCUUGGAACUGUCGGAUGCAGAGCUCGAAGCUGGUUUGGGACUAAGUCAUCCAAUGCAUAGGAAAAAACUUCGGCUGGCUAUUGAGGAACAACGUAGACCAGACCUUGUGCGGUAUCCAACCAUUGGACAACUAGGACAUACAUGGGUGGCUUCGGAGUGGCUACCAGACAUUGGACUCCCACAGUAUGCUGAGUCUUUCUUACAUUCCCUUGUGGAUGCCCGAAUGCUAGAUACCCUCUCGAAGAAAGAAUUGGAGAAAAUGCUUGGGGUAACGAGAAAAUUCCAUCAGGCUAGCAUUGUUCAUGGGAUCCAUGUGCUUAGAAUUAUUAAGUACGAUCGACAGGAAUUAGCUAUGAGACGCCUACAGUCGGAAAGUAUGGAUACCGACCCAAUUGUGUGGACCAAUCAGAGAUUUAUUCGAUGGGUCAGAUCAAUUGAUCUGGCUGAGUAUGCUGACAAUCUUAAAGAUAGUGGAGUUCAUGGUGGUCUUGUUAUAUUGGAGCCCUCAUUUUCGGGUGAAACAAUGGCCACAGCUCUUGGAAUUCCGCCAUCUAAGAACAUCAUUCGUCGUCAUUUAUCAGCUGAAUUUGAUGCUCUGGUGCUUCCAGCAAGGUAUGUUCUUUUCUGUGAUGUGGACGAGCCUCUUGCGGAUGGUGCUCGUGGAGGAAGCGGAAUGCCAUGUGAAAAGAAGUUCAAGUAGAGGAAUAUAUUGGGGGGAGAAUUUUGAAACAAAUUUUCGCCAAGACUUUAUUACAAAAAAAACGAAGAAUUUAUUCUUUUAUUAAUGAACGCAAGAAUUUAGAGAUGAUUUAUUGGCAAAUUUUUGGCGGGAAUAAUACUCACUUGUGACACAGAAACUAACACACUCUAACAAUGUAUCACUUUCAUCCUGGAAAAUAUGAAAAUUCCUCCAAACCACUUUUCCAUCCACCAUCCCACCCCCAUUCCAUUUAUCUUUUUUUACUCGUUGCUUUUUCCUUCACUUUCACGCCAUUGUUCAUGAAGAAGAAUGCUAUUUGAUCAUUAAAAUUUGCUUUUCUUGUUCUUCUCUGCAUUUUCACGUCACUUUAAUUAUCUCACUCUCUUCCAACAAAUAUGCUUUAAAUUAAUGGUUAGCGCAGAGUCCAUCAUGACCGCACAUUUUGUCCUUAAUUCUGUGUUUUUUUUCGUUCUCCCACCAUACCACCAACUUUCUGGUAAAACAGACAUGUCCUUAUUUGAGUGUAUGAGGAAGAAAAUUUGAGGAAAAUGUGUACAGGUGGGACAAUAAAAGUGGGAAAAUCCCAGGAUAUGCUCACUCUCUUCCUUAAAGACAAUGAAAAAAAAAACAUUCCUCGGAUGAGAAUUUAAUUAAAGUCUUUCUCUUCCGUUUUUGUGCUGAAUACGAAUACAAAAAAAAAUGCUCUCGCAGGAAAAAGUCCAUCAAAUGUAAGCUUCAGUGUUAUCCGUGAAAAAUGCAUGACCCUUCAGCAAUGUUUUGUGUGCGUUUUUCUUUGUCCUCCCACUCCAUUGCAAUUACAAAUGGAAAACAGGACGAAAGUUUCGUGGUAUACAAUUCUGCUAAAGAAGAAUAAAUAUUAUCCGCCAGGCACAUUUUUCCUUGAGUGUUUUCUUCAAUUUUUCAUUUCACCUUCUGCCUACAUAAUUUUUGGCGAAUGUGUUAGGAUUUCUGCCUUCAUUUGUCUCCUUCAACGGUGAUGUUAUAUAUACAUAUGGUUUUAUAUACUUACAUAUAUAUAUUUCCCUAGAACACGCUAUUGUGGACAAUUGUUUGAGAAAAGUGAGAUAAACGAGAAAGUAAACUACCAAGAAGAAGCAUAUUGUGUGUGAAAAACAUGAAAAAUAACGUACCAAACGUAUCAAACAAUACCACAAAGAGGGGUCAAAGAAUUUGUAAUUGAAAAAUCGAUUUUAUAUUGGCGAAAAAAACAUAAAUAAAAAGAAAAUAAAUUUUCUCUCUUUUGCACAAUCAUUUAGAAUCUUUUCUGAACAGUAAAAGAAGAAUACUGAGUCCCUAUUUUACCUGAAGAAAUUGAUUACUUUACAAGAGGUCAGACCGGUCAGACUAUGCUCUAAAUUUAAAGUAAAAAUGGGUCAAGUUCGGAAAAAUUAUUUCUUUUGUUCUAAGAUCAAAAUUUCUUUUCAAUGAAUUCAACUAGAAUUCCUUUUUUAGACUUUUUUCUACCCAAGUUUCAACCUAUUGGAAAAUUUUACUUAAAAAUCUUUCUAGAUUUCCCGGAUGUGUAGCAUCAGAACUUUUAAAAAAGGAAAUUCUCUUAUCAAUUUAUUUUUAUGUGCAAUCAAUACAUUGCUUAUCAGUUGAUGAAAUAGCUCUUUACAUUCGAUUUAAGGUAUCAUCACCACUUAGCAAGGAUGUUGAACGGGAUUUACAUUCACAGAUAAUACUUUCCAAUCAUAUUUUAUGUUCACGUUCAUCUCACUUCUCACACCUUUUGUAGGUGAAAUUUAGCUAUUUUUAUAUUUACAUUUUUUUUACAUAAAAUAUAUUCUGGAGGACAGCAUAAGAAUUCUAAAAAAAAAUGUCGUUGCGCUUUUCUGACCUUUUCGUCUCUCUCUCUUUCUCUGUUGUAAUGUUUUCUCUGAUACGAAAUUUUGUUGAUUUUAUAAAUGUGUUGUGUUUUCGCUCGCAUCUCUAUAGAACUACCCUGGGCCAAGGUAUCCGUAGUGGUGGACAAAUUAUUCCCAUUACUGGUUCCGGAGGAUUGCACCAUCAUGGCACAAUUGAUAGAAAAACAUCCGGAAGUCUUAGGGUGAGUCUGUGUAUUUUUUUUUCAUUUAAUAUUUAAUGCACUUAUUUUCAUUCUUCCAUCCUAUACAACCUCUCUCCUUUAUUUUCUGACCUCAAAAACACUCUCCCGCAAUAAUACCAUUAUAUACAAAUCCCCAAUGGGAAGUAUUUCAACGCAGUUUAUUGCAAAAUGUAAAGGUAAAUCCCUUCGUAUAUGGAGCUUUAUUCGGCCACAACCAUUUUCCGCCGCAAAGGCUCUUAAUAAGACUCAAAAUAUAAUUAUUUUUGUCAGCAUGUGAUUGUAAUAUACACGUUACCUAUUUUUUUUUGUUACAUUUUUGCACCAUGCAGUUUAAUAAAUGUUGGCCAAAUAAAUGUUAGAUUCUCAUUCUAAGCUUUCAAGGGUGAAUAUAUUUUUUUUAAAUCCGUUAUUGUUGCUAGAUUUUUCACAAAAGUAGCAAAACUUUUAGCAAAAGUUGGUAGGCGAUAAACUUUCCAACUAAAUUUCCAUCAAAUUUCCAAUUAAAAUUUCUUCCUUAACAAUUCACACAUGAUAUUCCCAACGCGGUCAAAACUUUUACAACGGCGUACGAAAAGUUUUUGAGCAAAUAUGAUAUGUACAACAUGAAAAUUAUUUUUGAGAUACAGAAAAGUUUCUCCAGCUUUUUUUUCUUUAAAAGGAUAAUAUUAUUUUAAUUUCCAUAAUUUCCUAAAAAGGUGAAUUUCACGCUGAACAAUCCAUAAAAUGAGGUAAUAAAUAAUCAUAAAUCCCGAAAGGAUUUUAUGAAAUUCAUACCACGUUUUUCUUAUAUUUUAAUGAAUAAUUGAAAAGCAAAAUUUGCAAAAGCUUAAAUUCAAUUUAAUACACUUCAUAACAUCAUGAAACGUCACGGAAAAUUGUAAAUAAUAAUAAUUAAAUUGUAGAGAAAUCCCUAAAA